CACCGCGAGCCAUCCAGCCAGCCGCCCAGCGCCUGCAAACUCUGCUUGCUAAACUGGAAGCUCCAUGUGCCAUGCUGAUGACGUGCCAGUCAUGUGACGUGCUGAUGUCACCGAGACGUAACAGCCCCGUUCUCUGCAUGGGAACUAGACAGCCCCGUGCUCAGUCUGCCUGUCACUCAGCCGCUGCUUCCAAUGCAACUCCUGGCCGGGCUGCUCCGUGUCUGACUGUCAGCGCAGACACUCACCAGGACCAGACAGCUCCUUCACAGCCGCGCACAGCGCACCAUUGCCGGACACACACAGUGUGAGUGCGGCGUCUCACAGCUCCCCUGCAACAACAGGAAAAAAAAUACCACACAAAAUAUAGAACCAGAGCAGCCAGACCUGGAACCCGGAGCGAGGAGAGGAAAUGUAUGGAGACCAAAGGAUACAGCAGCUUCCAGGAAGGUCUAGAGAUGGAGAAACGAUGGGGUCAGGUCCCUCAGCCUAUGGAAUACUCAUCCUCUUCUUCCCGGCAGCAGACUCCCGAAAGCCCUUUCAUGGGAAUUGUAAACGUGAGCUGUGUAUCAGGUGCUUUUCAACAUAAUGUUGAGGAAGGAGACAGUAAAGAGAAACAAGGUCUUCUACCUUGCCUUCAGCAAGAUCUUAAUCAGUCUAGUGUAUUAUCACAGGAGUUUAAACCUGAACUGGAAUCAAAAGAACUCUCUGCCACAGUUGCUGAGUCUAUGGGAUUGUAUAUGGAUUCUGUGCGUGAUGCAGAUUAUACUUAUGAGCAGCAGAACCAGCAAGGAACUAUUGGAAAUAUGUAUCCAAAUGUUGAAGACCUUGUAAAAUUUUAUAAGCAGAAUACUCGUGGCACUUUUCCAGUAGACUGUCAGAAUCAGCCAGUCAUGCCAACUCUUGAAUCUGAGAUUUCCAUGAAUGGCAAGUUAAAGAUUAAUACUGUAAGAAGUCCAUUAUCUUCAUCGACAAGCAGUCCCUCUAACAUGGCACUUUCUGCUUGCAGCCCCACUGGAAUAAACUGUGUAUCUUCAACUACUUGUUCCACAAACUUUGUCAGUUUUGCAGCUCACAGUCCAGCUAAUCAAAAAGCUCCUGUACCAUGCUCACCAAAUGUUGAUAAUAGGUGUUCUGUGUCUCAUAGCCCUGCACAAACAAGCACCGCAGAGUCCCCAUUGUCAAGCCCAUUGAGUAGUAUGAGAUCUCCCAUAUCAAGCCCACCUAGUCAUUGCAGUUUAAAGUCUCCAGUAUCGAGCCCAAAUAAUAUUACUAUGAGGCCUUCAGUGUCUAGCCCUGGAAAUAUUAACACAAGAUGCUCGCUUUCUAGUCCUUCCAAUGCUAAUAAUAAUCGGUCCACUAUUUCUAGUCCUGCAGCAAGUUCCAUGGGGUCCUCUAUAUGUAGUCCUGCUAACAACACUUUGGGAUUUCCUCCUGCGGUCAUAACAACGGAAUGUGGACCUGCACAAGACUCUGUUAUUAACACUGAUGUUAAGGAGAAAGUUGUUCAGCAAAUUUUGUUUCCAAAAUUGGAAGCAAUUGAUAAUGAUAUCUCAGACAGUGGUUCUGCUGCUUUGGUGAAGUUUAUUAAACCAGAUCCUGAUGGGAAUUAUAUGAAUUCAUGUUUUGGAGACAGUGGUAAAUCUGAUUCCGAUUCAACUUUCUCAGUUUCAGUAAAACAAGAGCCAUGUAAAAACACUUGUUCUAAUUCACUUUUUAAAAGUAGCCCAUCAGGAAAUCAUUUUCCAUUUAUGGAUGGCUCGUACUUCUCAUUUAUGGAUGACAAAGAUUAUUAUUCCCUUUCUGGAAUUUUAGGACCACCUGUGACCUCUUUUGUUGGUGGUUGUGAAGGUAAUGGCUUCUCCAGUCAAGGCCUGUCUAUGGGAAUUAAGCAGGAGAAUGAUGAUAGCAGCUUUUACCCAGAGAACAGCAUGCCCUCAUCAGCGAUUGUUGGUGUUAACUCAGGAGGACAGUCAUUUCACUACAGAAUCGGAGCUCAAGGCACUAUCUCUUUGUCACGUCCAGUAAAUAGAGACCAGUCUUUCCAACAUUUAAAUUCCUUUCCACCAGUUGGCUCACUAGUCGAGAGUUGGAAAAAACAUUCUGAAUUGUCUCAGAGCUCUUUGUCAUCUAGGAGAAAUGAUGGAUUUCCAGGUUCAGGAUACAUUCCAGAAAACGUAUCAAGCUCUGCAUUACGGAGCAUGUCAACUGGACCUUCAAGACCUUCCAAAGUUUGUCUUGUUUGUGGUGACGAGGCUUCUGGGUGUCACUAUGGAGUUGUUACUUGUGGGAGCUGUAAAGUCUUCUUCAAAAGAGCAGUGGAAGGUAAAUGUUCAAGGCAACACAGCUAUCUAUGCGCAGGAAGGAACGACUGCAUUAUUGACAAGAUUAGAAGGAAAAACUGCCCUGCAUGCAGAUUGCAGAAAUGUCUUCAAGCUGGAAUGAAUCUAGGAGCUCGGAAAUCUAAAAAAUUAGGGAAAUUAAAAGGAGUGCAUGAGGAGCACCAGCCACAGCAUCAGCAACCUCCCCCACAGACUCCAAAAGAGGAGACAACAUUCACUACUUCACAGAAAGAGACCACAAUUUCUGCUAACACGACGACUAUUGUUCCACUAAUAUCUGCCGUGCCUCCUUCCCUUAGCCUGUCACCGUCAGUGGUUCUCGAAAAUAUUGAGCCAGACAUUGUUUAUGCGGGAUUUGACCCCUCACAGCCAGACACUGCAGAAUACCUUUUGUCCAGCUUAAACCGGUUAGCUGGGAAACAGAUGAUCCAAGUGGUGAAAUGGGCGAAAAUGAUUCCAGGAUUUAGAAACUUGCCUCUUGAGGACCAAAUUACUUUAAUACAGUACUCCUGGAUGUGCCUAUCAUCGUUUGCCUUGAGCUGGAGAUCGUAUAAACAUACAAACAGCCAAUAUCUGUAUUUUGCUCCAGACUUGAUAUUUAAUGAAGACCGGAUGCGACAUUCUGCCAUGUAUGAGCUGUGCCAAAGUAUGCAACAAAUUAGCAUGGAGUUUAACCGUUUGCAGCUAACCUUUGAGGAGUACACAAUAAUGAAAGUGUUACUACUGCUAAGCACUGUUCCUAAAGAUGGUCUGAAAUGCCAAGCAGCAUUUGACGAAAUGAGAGUGAACUAUAUUAAAGAAUUAAGGAAAGCAGUAAUGAAAGCUCCACACAACUCUGGACAAAGCUGGCAACGAUAUUUCCAAUUAACAAAACUUCUAGAUUCCCUUCAUGACGUUGUUGGUGACUUGUUGGAAUUCUGCUUCUAUACAUUUAGGGAAUCUCAGGCGCUAAAGGUGGAGUUUCCUGCGAUGCUUGUGGAGAUAAUUAGUGAUCAAUUACCAAAGGUGGAGUCUGGGAAUGCCAAGCCUUUGUACUUUCACAGAAAGUAUCUAGAAAAGUCUUAAAGGAGAACUUUGCCUUAAGUUUCCUCUGAUGUUCCAUACCCAAGCAGGACUGAAGAAACGAUAUUAGACAUUAUGAAUAAAGUUUUAUUUGUCAGCUGGAUGAAAAACAAACAAACAAAAGUAAAUAAUCCUCUGACUGAUGGGGGACUGAAAAUGGUGUAUUUUAAAUAAUGAAAGCUAUACCUACCCAAACAGUUGAAACUUGCUCCUGUUUCUAUGGAUAAAAAGCCAUAUCUAAUCAAAAACUGUUUCAUUUUGAUAUUUUAACAUAAUGAAGUUUUAAAUAUGCUAUGGAGUUUCUGGGUUUUGUUUGUUUUUAUGGGUUUAUGGACAAUUAAGGACUUUUUAAAAGACUUCCCUUGGUUUGCACACACAGUGUACAGUUAAUAUGGGGCAUUAAAUAUUCUUUUCUUGUACAGAAAAAUAAUAAAAAGAAACAUGUUGUAUAAAAGAAAUAUAAGGAACAUUUGAUGUUUAAUAUUCACAUCCCAUCCAUGGCAUUUGUUGUCCCAUGUUAUCAAUCAUACUGUAGAUUAAGGAUUGGGAUUGUUUUAACGUUUGUUGCAUAGUGAGAGGUGAUCAUGCACGCUCAGUGCACGAUUUUCCACCAAGACCUAGUCCAGAUUCCUGUACCAUAGGAGAACUCUGCAAUUUUUACAUGAAUCCUAAUGUGUAACUUAGUCAUUUAUUUAAAUGAGAGGAAAAUGAUAAGAUGUUAAAACAAAUGCCCUAUCUCAAUUUAUAGUAGCUACUGUAUAUUGUGCUGGCUUUACAAAUAAUUUUGGCAGUCCACGCUGUACUGUAUAUUGCUCUAUAUGUAUAAAUUGUGAAGGACCUGAAUCACAAAAUGUAUGGAAAUUUUGUAAAUGAGGAAAAAACAUAUUUACAGACAGAAGAUGAAUGGAAAGUAUAGGAAAGUAUUUUUGAAAGAAUUCUAUUUUGAUGGAGACUAUUUAAGUACUAUCUUUGCCUAAAUAAGGCAAUUUCUUUUUGUAGAGUGAAAUGUUUUGCAUGGAAUACAAACUGUUUACAGUGUAUUUAAGGAAAAGGGAAAGCCGUGCCUUUUUAGCUUCAUAUCUAAUUUACCAUUUUACAAUAUCUGAUUGUAAAUAGUCACAAUUUAAUCCAUGUCAGUUAUAUUUAAGAUUUUCUACUUUUUCUGUAAAGAGUUAAAGAAAAAAAGAAAGGAGGGAAAAAAAAAUGGUUCUACUUUUUUUGUGUACUGCUUGCAAGUAAUACAGGAGCACACUUUUUAGGGGUUCUGCUUCCUCUUUUCUUGUGAAUUACACUAUUUUAUGUUGGUAUCUUAGCACAUACAUUGUAGAACCCUUGGAAACAUAGAGACUCUCCUGAGAAAUUUAACUACUAGAAGUCUAAUGGAAUAAAAAGCUUAUUUGAGAAUCACAUUCUCCAGCUAUUUUUUUUUUAUUUUUAUUUUUUUUUACGUGAGCAUUUGUACAUAAAUUCUAAGCUCAUACCCCCAACUUGGUGGUACUUUAAAAAAAUAAAAUAAACAAAUAAGAGGACGCCAAGCGUGAUGAGGCAUGCCAAAAAUAUCCUAUAGAGUGCACUUUACUUUCUGUAUCAAGUGAUCUUAAUGCCCCAAAUAUAUUGUAUUUUGAACAAGAUACAUGUAUCAUACCUGCGAUUUAAUCAAUAGUGCCAGUUGCCAUGAUUGAUCUGUGGCGAGGGUAUAUUUAGGUUGGAAUAUGAGACUUUGCCAGGUUGAUGUCUAUUUUGUACUGGAUCCGCUCUAUAUGAAAAUAAAAUUUAAUUUUUUUUGUG